AUGGCUGCCGUUACCACAUCGCCACCGCCUGCGGAAAAGCAGCCUCCGCCUGCUGCCUUGUCUGUCAACAACUCGGCCAGGCUGCGCGACGCUCCCAUCUCACCCGUCCGCGUCAACUUUCAGGACCACAGCUGGCCCAAGCCCUCCAAUGCCAAUAUUGAAGAUGCCGCCGAACAUGUUCCUCGGAAGCAGCUUGCCGACAUGUCCCUCGACCACAAGCCCGUAGACGAUGCGGCCGUCAGUCGCCUGCGUGCGCAGGAAGCCCACCGCAACUCUCGCGAGUCCGACGAGUCCAACACCACCUCGCAGGCCCCUGCCUCGCUUCAGUCGUCUGCGCCCACUAGCAACAGCUCCAUCUCAGCUACGCAAGAAAACCCAGAAUGCGCUCCCCUCGACCACUCGUCUGGCUCCUCUGCUACGGGAGAUCUCAUCCCCCGCAACCAGUCGGUGCCUCUCUUCCAGUACCACCACCAGCAAGACGCUGGCUCUGAUCAUAGGGUCGGUUCGACGCCAGACCUCCUCGACAAUGGCGCACACAUUCGCCGCCACCUUACCCCCACCAUGCAGGCUAUGCGUCGAACCUCCAUGCCUCGCCCGCAGUCCUCCUACUCGGCCUACUCAGACUUUGGCCCUCGCGGCCGCUCGCCUGGUCUCAUGCCGGGCAGCCCUCACAUGCGUCCGCGGUCUGUGAAUUCGAGAAAAUCACCCGAUCACCGUCAUUCUACAUAUGCCGAGCUUCUCAACGUCCCAUACCCUCAGCAGGCGCCCGCGCCCCUGACUUGGGACAACUCCAACCUGCGCAAUGUUGUUGGCAAUAAUGCGUCACUGCUAAGCGCUCAAAAGACGCUGGAGAUGUACCGCCAAAACGUCAAGAAGACGACCGACUUUUCUAUCCAGUACUCCUUUGCCGUCUUCCUCAUUUCUACCGCCCAAGAACAAGGUCUGGACUGGACUGAUCCUAAGAAGAAGCCUGCGCCUCUUCGCGAUCUUGAUAGCCCGGUUGUCGAGGUGUCGGUCGCCUCACCCAUCGAGCUUGUUCGCGAAGCCAAACAGAUACUUCAGCGCCUUGCCAGUGGCGGCUUUCCAUUCGCCCAAUAUUACCUGGCCGAUGGUUAUGCCUCGGGCCUCUUCAACAAGGGCAAGCCCGAUUACAACUCGGCCUUUCCUCUCUUUGUCCUUGCUGCUAAGCACGGCCACGCAGAGUCAGCCUACCGCACGGCGCUCUGCUACGAGUUUGGCUGGGGCUGCCGCAAGGAUCCGGCCAAGGCCGUCCAGUUCCUGCGGUCCGCUGCCUCCAAGAGCCACCCCGGAGCCAUGACGCGCCUCGGCAAAGCCUGCCUGUCUGGCGAUCUCGGCGAGAAGCGAUACCGCGAGGGAAUUAAGUGGAUGAAGCUCGCCACCGAAGCCGCCGAUACCCAAUACAACGCCGCCCCGUACCAGCUGGGCUGCCUGUACGAGACGGGCUACGGCGACGACAUCUUUCAAGAUGCGAGCUAUGCGGCCGAGCUCUUUACACAAGCGGCCGACCUGGGACACCCAGAGGCCAAUUACCGCAUGGGUGAAGCCUACGAGCACGGGCUGCUCAAUUGCCCCAAGGACCCAGCACUGAGUGUGCACUUUUACACGGGAGCCGCCGAACGUGGGCACGCCGCCGGUAUGAUGGGGUUGUGCGCAUGGUACAUGGUGGGAGCGAUCCCUAUCUUGGACAAGGACGAGGAGGAAGCGUAUGAGUGGGCGAGAAGAUCAGCAGAACUUGGAUACGUCAAGGCUCAAUAUGCCGUGGGGUACUUUUUGGAAAUGGGCAUUGGAUGCCGGAAGGACGUUCUCGAAGCCAACGUAUGGUACGUCCGGGCGGCGGACGCGGGCGAUGAGCGUGCGAAGCAGCGCCUGGCUGUGAUUCAGGCGGCGAUUCACGGGGGCAAGCCGAUGGAGGUGGCGCCGCGCAAGGGCGGGAAAAAGGACGACAAGGACUGCAUCGUCAUGUAG